GAAGAAAUGAGGCCCAGCGGAGGCCGCGCGGGGCCGCGAUUAAUUCACGCGGCCCUUCCUUCUUUCCUAGGCCGAGGCAGCCCUUCUUCGCCGUCUCAAAGCCUGGCCCUCGCAGCUGGGGCACACCAGGCUAUGCAUCCCCGCCCUUUCCACUCUAUUUGGCUUCGGCUUUCGCUUUCAGAAACACGAGUGCACCGCUGUCAAGCUGGGCGACGUCAGGAUCGCUCCGAGCCGCAAUGUAACAGCUUGGCUGGCUCAGACUAAAGGAGUCUGACACAGAGGAAAGGGCCACUCCCUUGGCAGUUGCAGAUGCAGAACUAACAUGAACACUUAACUAAUAGGAUAUAGUUUUAAACUACAAUGGUGUUUUCCAUGAAACCACUGAAUUUCUGCAAACUUGUAUACAUCAUUGCAAUAACUUCUACUUUUAGCAGCUUAGUUGAAACAUCUGGGCCACCACUCAUCCUGAAUAUGAAACAACCAGAGGAUUUUGAGUACAUUUUAUUAUGGAAAGCUGGAAAUAGUUCAAGGACACCAGCAUGCUACACAGUGAUGUAUAAGAAGAUGAGAAGUGUUGGCUGUAAUUUACCUACCGUGGGAACAGAGUUGAAAUCAGCAGUGAAAGGCCAGGAACAAGUUAAUUCUUACAACUCCAGGUCUCAACCAAGUCAGGAUACAGGCCGUCAUGUUCCAGGGGAGCUGACUACUUGUCCAGUUUUGCCAGAAACACAUGCACAGUCAGCAGAAAUGAAUUAUGUAAAAUCAAGCUUCAAGAUAGUCCAGGAAUGUACCAAUAUUACAAGGCUGUUCUGUAAUCUAACAAAUGAAUUUGCAGAUAUUUGCAAGGAAUAUAUGUAUAUUAUAGUAAAGCAAGACACCAACAAUGGAAUAAAUUAUUCAGAUUUACUACCAUUCAAUCCAUUCUUUGCACGAUGCUUAAGGCCACCCCAGUUUAACAUUUCUGUUUGUCAAAGCUGUGUAAAAGUCACAGUGAAACUUUUACCUCUGUUACUUAAAGUUUAUCAAGAACUUUAUUAUACAAUCACAGUGAAAACAGAUGUUCUCAAAGAAAAUCGUAUUCAUAAUACAACCAAACAUGAGAGUUUCUUCAGUGUUCUUGAAGAUUUGCAUCCAAAUAAAAAUUACUGCAUUGCUGUUGAUGUGUCUACAGAUUAUAACAAGCAGUGCACUCCAACUAUUCCAAAAUGUGUUAUGAUUGACUCCAGUUAUACUCAAGAUCACAUUAUACUCUCAAUCUUCAUUCCAAUAAUAAUAUUGGUAUUGAUAUUCAUUUCGAUUAUCCUGUAUAAGGCUGGUUUUAUUUUCCUUAAAAGGAAAACACGGCCAAGUGUCUUGAACAUCAGACCUAACAUGGCUAAUUUGGUCUUUGAAUCGGGUCUUGAAGAAGUGGAUGAUGUUCAAGUCCAGGAAAGUAAAGAACAGCAAUACAGUGAGGAUGAGGACAGUGAAAGUGAUAUUGAAAGUAACUUGAAUACUAAAUGUGGCAUCUUAAAUAAGAUUUCAAAUUUCUCCCCUGAGGUGGGCAUCACUCAGAAGCUGUCCAUAGGCUGCUCAGCUACCUCAAAUGAAGUAAUCAGAACUUUAGAUACUACAGCAGAAAAAAAUCAGAAUGAUACUGACAAAAGCAGCCCAAUUACCCAGUUAUAUCCUUCCAAAGUGAACUCCACCUGCAUAGCAGAAUCAGAACAUAGAGGCUGCUUAAAUGUAAACUUAAAUACUGUGAUGCUAGGAAUACUGGAUGAAAAAUCAGAUUUUUUUACAACAAUUGACCAUGAAGAUAUACCAGAGUCCUGUAUUUCUGAUGCAUUUGAACCAAACCAUUUCACUGAAAUGCCAGAUGGGCAGAGCUUUGAUGUUCAAAGUCCUCUAUAUUCAUGGAAAAAUCCUAGUGUGUCUGGAGAAAGUGAAUCAUCUGAUUCAGAAACAGAAUUUACCAGUGGAUAUAUGAGAAGAUGACUCCAUGAAAAGAUGUUUGUGUGUUGUAUAUGUGUAUAUACAUGGGAAUAAACUGUUGUAUCGUUCAUUCCUAUAUAUAUCUGUAUAUAUGACACAACAGUUUAUUCCCAUGUAAAAAAAAAAAGUGCGUCACAUACUAUAAUCUCUGCAUCUGCACCUGUCACCUGUUAGUUGGGCUGCUUGCAGAAGAGUAGUAACCCAAUGUUCAGAAGUGAUCCAAACUGCAGGAGAACGCGGGGGGCUUGUGCCAUGAAGCAGCAAAAAAAAAAAAAAAAGCCA